AUGCAGGAUACCGACUCGGAGCUGCUCGCGAAGCUGGGGUACAAGCAGGAGUUUCGGCGCGUGUUUAGCCCGCUCGAGACAUUUGGCGUUGCAUUCAGCGUCAUCGGCCUCGUCCCCUCGCUAGCCUCGGUCCUGUUCUACGCGCUCCCGAACGGCGGACCGACUGCGCUCGUGUGGGGCUGGUUCAUGGCGUAUCCGUUCAUGAUGUGUAUCGGGCUUGCGCUCGCUGAGCUCGCGUCUGCGAAUCCGACCUCGGGAGGGCUUUACUAUUGGACGCACACGCUUGCUCCGCCGAAGUGGCGGAACUUGUUAUCGUGGAUCGUUGGGUAUACAAAUACUAUCGGAUUCGCGACUGCGCUUGCGUCCAUCGACUGGGCGUGCGCAGUUCAGAUUGGCGCGGCGGCAAGCAUAGCCAACGACCUGACGUGGGCGCCGACGAUGCCUCAGACGUUUGGCAUCUACGUCGCUAUCAUCGUGGCGCACGGCAUCGUCUGCAGUCUGACGCCAGAGCUGAUGGCGCGCCUGCAGAACCUCUACAUCGCACUUAACGUUCUAUUGUGCUUGAUCGUGAUUAUCGUCCUCCCAGCGGUCACACCGGGCGAGCUGAAGAAUACCCCCGAAUAUGUGUUCGGCACGUUCGACAACGUGAGCGGCUGGCCAGACGGAUUCGCGUUCAUCAUCAGCCUCUUGACGCCCCUCUGGACGGUGUGCGGGUACGACUCGAGCGUGCAUAUGAGCGAGGAGGCGCUCAAUGCGGCUACGGCUGUUCCCUGGGCGAUUGUUGGAUCUAUCACGGUUUCGUGCGUUCUCGGAUGGGGUGUCGUCAUUUCCCUUGCAUUCUGCAUGGGCACAGACCUCGCCGGUAUCAUCUCGGGACCGCUCGGCUCACCCAUGGCGCAGAUCUUUUACGGCGCCUUCGGUCCCAAGGGCGCACUUGCACUGUGGAUCGUCGUCAUCAUCGUGCAACUCAUGAUCGGCUCCUCCCUCCUUCUCGUCGCCUCCCGCCAGUCCUUCGCCUUCGCGCGGGACGGCGCGCUCCCGUUCUCCCGGCUCCUCUAUUACAUCUCUCCCAGGACAAAAGCGCCCGUGUGCACCGUCUGGCUCGUCGUCGGCUUCGCGUUCCUCCUGGGUUUGUUGUCGUUCGGCGGCGCCGACGCGAUCAACGCCGUCUUCUCGCUCGCGGUCGCGAGCAUGUACGUCACGUACAUCGUGCCCAUCGCGUGCAGACUCGCGUGCGCUGACAGCGGACGGUGGCGGCCCGGCGUGUUCUGGCUCGGCUCAUUCGGCAAGCCGAUCGCGAGUGUCGCGCUCGCGUGGAUGGCGCUCAUGAUCGUCGUGUUCUUCUUCCCGACGAGCCCGGGCCCGGAUGUGCAGGGCAUGAAUUACACGGUGCUCGUGCUCGGCGGGAUGAUGGUCCCCGUGCUCGCGUGGUACUUCUUCCCCGUGUAUGGCGGCGUGCACUGGUUCCAGGGGCCCGUCGCGAAUGUGCAUGCGCAUGCCAGCGACGACGGGUGCGAAGCAGGGAGUGUGGUCGCCGCGAGUGCCAGUGAGAAGGGAAGCGAGAGCAGGUCUAUGGAUGUGAGGCUGUCUAAUAAUGUGGGGAGGUCUGAUGGGAUGGAGUUCGCAUAG